GACACGCAAGCAGCAACCACGCACGCAAGACCAGCUCCCUCUCGUCUCUAUAUCCAUACUCAAUCAUGGUCAACCCACAAAUCACCAAUCUGGCAGUGACACUCGGUGUGAUGCAAAUCGCGCGCAAACUCGAUUUUGAAGACCCAACCAUCCUCAAGAGCGUGCGUGCCCUCUACAUCGUCUCCAACAUCCUCAUUGCCAUCAUCUUCCUUGUUCAAUACAUGAACAUUCAAAAGCGCAAUGACAUGACCACGCUGAAGUACGUCGAGCCAGCUUCGCCGCUUUCUGGCAAGUCAGAGCCUGAACUCAUGACUACCACCGUCAAGGAAUACGAUAUGAUCCAGUGGCAGUCAGCACUCAAAUCGUCGUUGAUGGGAUUGGCCAUGAUGUCUGUGAUGCACGGCUGGUUUAAGUUCACGCAACCACUCCUGGUACAGUCCAUCUUGCCAGUGAAGAAUGCACUGGAGACCAAGUUGGCCAUGAUUCACUUGUUUGGCAAGCCUGCGACGGGUGAGUAUAAGCGUCCCUUCAAGGCUGCUGCGAGCAUGUUUGGUGGUGCUGCCGCUGAGGCUGCGACGGACAAGAAGUCUGUUGAGGCUGCUGAGCGUGCUACCGUCAAGAAGGAGGAAUAAACUAAAAGAGCACAACUUUAGAGCUUUGCUAUUCCAAGAUAAGGACGUCUUGAUAUGCUGCGAUUCAUACACGUAUAGAAAAUCGUGCUGGAGUGUUCUACUUAAACUGAAGGUUGUCCAUCUUGUCGCACCAUCUCAGCCAGUAUCGUUCGCCGACGUUCCUCCUCUUGCGUGCCUGCCGAGUCGCCAAAGACCUUGUCCAUUUCUUCCAAGCUGCGUCCUGCUGUUUCGGGAACGAAAAAGUAGACCCAAAUGCCACAGAGAAAGCAAAAAGCCCCGAAGAAGACAUAGGCACCGUAGCCUGUGCCGUCAAUCAAGGGUGGUGUAAUCAAACCAAUAACGAAGUUCCAGAACCAAUCUACGCGUUAGCAGGAAGCCCAUUGACAAGCGAAA